ACAGCUUGUUGAUUUGUCGUUUACAGUUUGUUUUGGACGCGUGCGGCAUUUGUCGCACAAAUUUCUAUUGAACAUUCAAUGGGGGACGUCAUCCGGUCACUUCGCGAAAAGUCGCAGAAGCGUAAAAAGUUGCUCGCUCAAACGCUCGGAGUUUCCAGAGUAGAGGAUUUGAAGCAUGUAUUGGGAACAGCCGAAGAUGCUCCGAAUAACAAGUCACAACGAUACGAUGAUGAAGAAGCUAGCUCUUCGAAAAAGUCACAAUCGGAAGGGAUGGUAUAUCGAGAUUCAUCUACUUUUCUAAAGGGAACUCAAUCUUCUAACCCACAUAACGAUUACUGCCAACACUUUGUUGAUACCGGUCAACGUCCUCAGAAUUUUAUUCGUGAUGUGGGACUGGCGGACCGGUUCGAAGAGUAUCCUAAGCUACGAGAAUUGAUUCGAUUAAAGGACGAGUUAAUUUCCGAAACCGCUUCACCUCCGAUGUAUCUUCGAGCAGAUCUUAAAACAUUUGACCUUAAAACACUAGGUACAAAAUUUGAUGUUAUUCUAAUAGAGCCUCCCCUAGAGGAGUAUGCCCGUGGAGGAGCCGCUGUUGCAGCAGGCGCACCGCGUAAUUUUUGGUCUUGGGACGAAAUUUUAGCACUUGACAUCGGGGAGGUCGCGGCACAUCGCAGUUUCGUUUUUCUUUGGUGCGGAAGCUCCGAAGGUUUAGAUAUGGGUCGAAACUGCUUGCGGAAGUGGGGCUUUCGUCGAUGUGAGGAUAUCUGCUGGAUUCGAACGAACAUUGACUCACCAGGGCAUUCGAAAAUUCUCGAACCCAAAGCAGUGUUUCAGCGCACUAAAGAACAUUGUUUAAUGGGUAUAAAGGGAACGGUACGUCGCUCAACCGAUGGAGACUUUAUUCAUGCGAACGUGGAUAUAGAUUUGAUAAUAUCAGAGGAAGCCGAGUUCGGGAGUUUAGAGAAACCGAUUGAGAUUUUUCAUAUAAUUGAACAUUUUUGUCUGGGCCGUCGUCGCUUACACAUUUUCGGACGAGAUUCCACCAUUCGCCCCGGUUGGGUAACCAUCGGGCCUGAGUUGACCAAUUCGAAUUUCAACAGUGAACUUUAUGCCAACUCAUUCGAAGAAAAUCCUACCACCGGAUGCACCGAGCGUAUUGAGGCCCUUAGACCGAAGAGUCCCCCAGCUAACGGAAAAGUUUUGCGCGGUCGUGGCAGAGGUUUUCCUCGGCUCAGAGGAAGAAGUAGAGUGUAAGAAUGGUACUUUAUGUUGGACAAUUUUAUUACAAAAAACGAUUGAAUAAUGUAUUCCAUAACAAAUAAAAUAAAACUUUAUUUAAAAGCCACUGAAUAAAUUAAACGUUUUUUUUAAAAAUCUGCUUUGGAAUCAGAACAUUUUAUUGACCUUCACUACAAUGACCACAGAAAAGCUUGCAUAUGAACAGGAUGCGAAGUUCCGAGUUAGCAGUUUGAUGAAAACUUGCG